AUCGUUGUCGUCGUCGUCGUCGUCGUCGUCGUCGUCGUCGUCGUCGUCGUCGUCAACAUCGCGUGCAUUCUCGUCGUUGUUCAUCGACGAUUCACUAACUGCCCGGCCGUUACUUCGAUGGUGUCGUCCUAACCGUUCGCUUUCCCUUCGGACCAAGAGUAGAGUGCGUGGUACUACUAGUCGCGUCGAGUAACCGUGAGAGAAGAAACCGUGCGUUAGUUCGAAGGAAACAGUGUGUGCGCGUUGCUACUUCGACGUGCAACACCCAAAUCGUGAAAAAAGUUUCUUCCGUUUAUCGUUGACCUGUACCCUUGGUGAUUUGAACUCGAAGUGAGAUCUCUUAACGUUUCGGCUAAUGUUCGAGAACAGGCCACAGGGUUAUGUUGCAUCGAUCGAUCACAAAACCAAGGAACCUUUUCUGAAGCGGGGAAAGGUAAGAAGAGAUGGACAGGGAUAUUCGAGCGUGCACGAGGCGAAUACGAGGCUGCCCGUCGGAAUGGGAAAGGUCGAAGGUAGCGUUUUACGCCUGAGAUAGACCAUAAAUCGAGUUAGAGGAAAGAAUAGUGAUAUAAAAUUUAGCCGAUUGGUGAUCAACGCUUUAUCAACGUAAAGUUUCGAUCGAUGAUGUUCCUAGACGUAACGCGUGACGGAUGAUCGGUGGUGCUUCAGUGACGACAAGACGUCGUAAAUAAUCUGUAGGAAAGAACGAUGCGUUUAACAAGGUACAAAUGAACGAUAUCGACUCAGCGAGAGCGGCUCCGAUGGACGAGCAGGGAUGUUGACGAAGCAUUCGAUCGAAGUGAGUCCAACGAUUCGAUCGAUUUAAUCAAAGGAUCACUCCUUCGAAAGAUGUCCAACACGAGCGCCGAAUCCUCGUCUAUUUUGACGGAGACAACGGAUGUUCGAGAGAUGAGGCAGAAUCAAUCGCGUCUCGAUCAAGAGACGGAGGAGUCGGAGAAACGCGAUCAGGAGAGAUGCGAGAACGGGGAGAGCGAUUGCGAGAGCGAUACCAGCGAGGUGCUCAGCGUCGGCAGCGAGCCAACACCGGCGAGCGUCGUUGGUGUCAGAGUUUGCGGUGGAACGAAGUACGGCGAUCAAGAAUCAGCGAGUAGUCGUGGUGAAUUUCGAGAGGAAGAAAAUACGAGGAUAUCGGCGACCCCAUCGCCUUCCAGCUCGACCAGCUGCAACGACAGUUAUUAUCAUCGAACAUCGAGCGGUGGUGGUGCACAUGUUUCUGCGCCGAGUCCUCUGGCCUACAGUCAACCGCCGUCAUCGCCGACGGCUUCCUCGGUCAGGUCACCGGCAUCUUCUUCGGCAACGGCCUCGUCUCCUGGUCGACCUGAAACUUCUGGACAGGAACCGAUACUCCCUAGGUAUCAGGUAACGGGAGGUCACCAACACCUCCUACCUCGAUAUGCCUCCAGAGAAACCGAGAUUUCGGAUUAUCCGACUCGCGUUCAGCAUGGAUUAACUCACGAGAUAGUUUAUCCAAGCGUAGAGAGACUACACCGUACACCGAUAAGCGUUCCUCUGGUAACCAGGCUAUCGUUGUCACCACCGUCGGCCAUGACCGUAUCCGGACUUCAAGCAACCACGCCGAUCCUUCAUCCGAGCGCGUGUAGAGAUCCUCGAGAAACCACCUCGCUGAUGCCCCAUCCUAGCCAGCAUCUUCAUCACGCUAGCGCUCACGGUCACUUGCAUCAAACCUCUCAGGUACAACACGUGCCGGCAAACGCGUCGGUUCAUCAGCAUCAGCAUCAUCGACUCUCGGUAAAUAAAAUACUCCAAAGAGACGAGUCCUCAUCGCCGACGGCCAGUGUGAGACCCGAGGAAAACGGUCGUACCGUGGCAACCACGAACGGGGUUCAAAACAACGCGAACGGUAAUCACCACAAUAAUCACAAUAACAACAAUAACAACAACAACAACAACAACAAUAACAACAAUCUCCAGCAUCAGGCGGGUCUUAAGUUUAGUAUAGACAACAUAUUGAAAGCGGACUUUGGUAGGAGGAUAACCGAUCCGAUUUCAUUGAAGAAAUCAAGACCUAAGAAAACAUCGUCGAGGCCGAUAGAUCUCACGAAAGACUUUUUGGAAUCGUCUUCCGAAGGAUCCGAAAGGAGUAACUUGGAAACAGUUACGACGAACGCGGCAUCGCCGACCGGCGGUGUUCCCGCAGUUGUCCCUACGAGCAAUCAAACUUCCAAUGCACCUGGACCACCAUCCUCCGAGCCGGGAAAACAAAUGCUUUGGCCAGCCUGGGUCUAUUGCACGAGAUAUUCCGACAGGCCAUCCUCCGGACGAAAACCGUCACGUGUGAUUUCAGGUCCACGUACGCGGAGAGUGAAGAGGACAGGUGAUUCACGUGGAAGCGGUACUACGCCCGAGGAGAAACGACCUAGAACGGCAUUCAGUGGUGAACAAUUGGCAAGAUUGAAACGAGAAUUCGCUGAGAAUCGUUACCUGACAGAACGCCGUAGGCAACAACUAUCGAGGGAUUUGGGAUUGAACGAGGCGCAAAUAAAAAUUUGGUUCCAGAAUAAAAGGGCAAAGAUUAAAAAGGCCAGCGGACAGAAAAAUCCAUUGGCAUUGCAGCUUAUGGCCCAGGGAUUGUACAAUCAUUCGACCGUGCCGUUAACGAAGGAGGAAGAGGAACAGGCAGCGGAGUUACAAGCGAAAUGACGAUUAUAGAGACGAUUAUAGUGCGGCCAUCCGUAGAAUUUAUUUCUACUCGUCGAUAUCCGAUUGCCGAAAUAACGGAUUUAAAUCUUCAGGGUUCCUCUUUUAGUCAUUUCCUCUCGCGCGUUACUCUCGACAAAAAAAAAAAAAAGAAGGGGGUUCACGAGGGAACGACUUGGGUAUACAAUAUUAUUUACAUAUAUGCGUUCGAGGAUUCUUUUGUUUUUCUUUUUCUUUUUCUUUUUUAUUUUUAUUUUAUUUUGUUUUAUUUGAUUUUGUUUUUCUUUUUUGUUUGUUUUUUUUUUUUUUUUUUUUUUUUUUUUCCUUUGUACCUUUAACCUUCACUCUUUUCGUUUCGCCCUUUGUACAUUUGAAAUUGUUAACGGGAAAAUAGGGAUGUUCAUUUCGACGAUCAAUCAUAUUCACUUUAAUAUCAUCGAAUUCUAAUUUAUCGUUUCAAUUCAACAUUUAUCAAUUUCGUUUAAUUAAUUGACUAAAAACACUGAUGGUCCUUCUUCGAUCGUUAUUUUUUUUAUUUUUUUAUUUUUUCUUCUUUAUCAUACACAUUUUCAAAAAUAUAGAAACAAGAGUGUCACAAUACAACCAACGUCCCUCGGAACCUUCACAGUGCCAUUUACGUACAUACAUACGAUCUAAAUAAAAUCCAUUUUUGAGGAUCGAGUGAAAAAUAAAUGGAAAAGACAAAAAAACAAGAAAAAAAAAGCAAAAAAAUAAAAAAAA